AUGCCAGCAUUUACUCUCUACGGCGCUCGUGGUUCCACUAACACGGACCGAGUUCGCUUGACCCUCGCUGAAGGAGGCUUUACGGAUUAUGAGCUCGUGCUUCUCAAUCUGCAAAGAGGAGAGCAAAAGUCCGGAGAGCACAUGAAGCGCCAUCCAUGGGGCAAAAUACCUGCAGUGGUCUUCCCGGAUGGUUUUACGCUCUACGAGAGCCGCCCCAUCUGCAAAUAUCUCUCCAGGAAAUACGCCAUUCCACUGCUACCCCCCGCCUCUGACGCCGAAGCCACGGCGCUGUUUGAACAAGCUGAGUGUGUCGAGAUGGCCUACUUUGCCGAAUCAGCCGGUGUCAUCGCCUUUGAAAAGUUUGCCAAAAAGUUCAUGGGUCUGCCGGCGGACGAUGCUGUCGUCGCAAAGGCCCUCGGCUCAGUCGAGACCUUCUUUGCUGUUGCGGACGGCUUCUUGCAGGAGAGGGACUACAUGGCUGGGGAUGUCUUUACGGUCGUAGACAUAUACUACAUUCCACUGGUUCAGAGGCUCAUGGCCUGCGGAUAUGGAGACGUCGUUCUCAGCCGCACGGCAGUCAAGACAUGGUGGGAGCGCUGCAUCAACCGACCUGCCAUACAGCAGUUAUUGGCCGCCGACAGGAGCGCCGCGCUUGCGGCCAUUAAAUAA